AUGCAAAUCAACAGCAACUGUAAAGACAUGGGCAAAUGCAAAGGUAAAAGUCUCAUAAGGGAAAGAAGGGUACCGAUUUCAUUAGGAGCGUUAUUGAUUGUUUUGGCAAUUCUUUUAAUCAAAAAAUACAAUAUUUUGUCAUAUAGUCAGAGUUUCACCUUUUUGGGAGCACGUAACUUUGGUUCUGAAAACAACAUCAACAAUAAUAGAAUUUUUAGCAACUUUGAGUUUGAUCCAGCAGAGCGCUUCAACUAUGAGAAAAAUUUCAAGUAUGCCGGCGCAAUCGUGAUAGUUUUAACUAUUAUGGCUAGUUUGGCCAUAGCAUUGUAA